AUGAGUGUAUUGGCUUUUAUUGUCGUUGUGAUUUUCGGGAUGAGUUUGUCGUGUCCCGCUCAACCACCCCAACCACGGCGGGAUGUAGUUGUGCUUGAAGGUAACUGGACUUGUUACUACGCUAAAAGUGCCCGCCGAGCUGUGGACCUCCAUUGCGGGGCAAACGAAGAGCUUUACAGCUGGGGACCAGCGGGCUGUCAAGCCUACUGUGGCCAAAUCGAUCCUUUUCAUAAGUGCCGGAAUGUCACUGGACCCAGAUGCUAUUGUGAUACAGAUCUUCUAUCGAGCCAUGCCGCGGCCCGAAUUCAGAUCGACACAUCAUGCAACGAAACGGAGUCGCUGGAAGGCGGAUGCAAAUCCCUGUGGGACGAUCUGCUGUGUUGGCCGCCAACCCCAGCCGGCAAGGCGGUGAUACUUCACUGUCCGAGAGAGCGGUCGUUCAACGCCUCGUUCACCGUACAGCGGACAUGCCAAUCCGGAAAAUGGGGUCCGGCGAACUACCUCGAAUGCCUCAGCUACGCGUACCGAGAAUACCGCAAGACUCUCCAGUACCAUCUUUCGGCCCUCAAUCGGAUAUCACUCUUGGGCUACUCCACGUCUCUUCUCCUGCUCAUCAUGGCGUUCUUUCUUCUGGCCUCCCUCAAGAGAUUGCGCUGCGCCAGGAAUAGACUUCAUCUUCAUCUGUUUGCAUCAUUCAUCGUUCGGUGUACCGUACUGGUAUUCAAACAUCUGUAUUUUAAAAGUGGAGUCACCUCAUUCAACACUUAUGAGUACGUCACGUGCCGUCUAUUCACCCUGCUCUUCCACUAUUCGUUGAUGGCGAACUAUUGUUGGAUUCUGAUGGAGGGACUCUAUUUGUACAACAUAAUCUUUAUGGCCGUCUAUGCAGAUAAUUCCAAGAUUGCGAAGUAUGUCAUCAUGGGCUGGGGUCUGCCCCUGCCAUGGGUUGCCAUUUGGGCUCUGGUCCGCUUUUUCUUCGAUAAUUACAAGUGUUGGAUGGAAGUGAAACAUCGGGUGAUCACAUGGAUCCUCAGGGGUCCAAUAUCGCUCUCUAUAGUGUUGAAUUUCUUCUUUUUCCUGAACAUCACUCGGGUGUUAUUCGUCAAGAUGUCUGCAACACACAUUCCGGACGCUCGGAAAGUGCGAUACAGGAAGUGGUUCAAGUCCACACUCGUGCUAAUCCCCUUGUUUGGGGUGCAUCAAAUCCUCACCUUGAUCGUCAGCCUCCUGCAGACGGACGAGUUCGGCGGGCAAAUGGAAUUCAUCUGGCUUUACGUCGAAGUCGUCUUCAACACUUUCCAGGGCUCGGUGGUUGCCUUGCUCUACUGUUUUCUGAAUAACGAAGUCCAAGCUGAAGUCGUGCGACUUCUACCCGAACGACUGCGGAGAGCGAUACCCACGGGCGAUACCGCGAACCACUCGCCGCCGGAUUCUUCAAAGAGGGACUCAUUAGCUCCGAAUGCUUGCACCUUCAAAGUACAUGGAAAACGGAGGUUGCUGCGCAGGGUUUCCACGGCACACACGACAACGCUUCAUGAGGAUAUCGAGCAAUGUACACUCCAUCGCAACGGAAACACGCCGGCCCACGACAGGAUUCCGGAAGCUGUACACUUGACCGCUGACUCGAAUGUGUGA